GCCGCGGUCAUGUCGGCUCCCGGAUCGCCGCGCAGUGUCUGUGAGAGCCCGCUGGGCUCGCGCUCGCCGUCACCGCCGGCGGUGCAGGAGCACGCCAGGUCACCGGAGGUCAGCCCGCGGCCCGAGAGGAAGUCGUUCAGCAUCUCCGACAUCCUCAGUCGCUCUGAUCCGGUGCGAGAGAGGCUCGAUGACACGCAGAAGCUGCUGGACGCGGCGGCGGCCGCCAGGUUCGGGUUCCUGCAGCUGGGCUCUCUGGCCGCCCGGUAUCCGUACCUGACCGGAUGUGACGUGCUGGGGAAGCCGUUCCCCUGGCAGGCCGUGUGGCCUCCCGCCGGUCAUGUGCCCGCCCAGCCGCCGCCCGUUCACCCGGCUCGGCUGCCCCUGCACGCCCACUCGCCAGACCCACCAUCUCCCGGUGCAGCGGACCGCAAGUCACCGGCUCUGCCGUCGGCACCGACAGAGGCCGUCGACGACGCCGACGACCGCAACGGCGGCGACGAUCUGCGCGACGGCAAGGACCGGCGCAAAAAGAAGACACGCACCGUGUUCUCGCGCAGCCAGGUGUUCCAGCUGGAGUCGACGUUCGACAUGAAGCGCUACCUGUCCAGCUCGGAGCGCGCCGGCCUGGCCGCGUCCCUGCACCUGACCGAGACCCAGGUGAAGAUCUGGUUCCAAAACCGGCGCAACAAGUGGAAGCGUCAGCUGGCCGCCGAGCUGGAGGCGGCCAACAUGGCGCACGCAGCGCAACGGCUGGUGCGCGUGCCGAUUCUGUACCACGAGGGCGCCGCGGCGGCGGCCGGGAAGGGAGGCGGUGCCAGCGGCGGCGGCGGCGGCGGCGGCGGCAGCUCGGCGUCGGCCUCGACGGCGUCUGUGGGCGCGCCGGAGCCGCCGCCGGCGGGCGGGCCGCAGCCGGCGCCGUCCGUGUCGCUCGGAGGGUACGGGCCGCUGUUCUACCCUCCCUCCUCUCCGUACACACCCACCUGUCGACCGUCGCUGUCCGGCCUGGUCUGAGCGGGAGAGGUCGGCGCGGCAGACAGACAGAGGGAGAGGGUGGGGCGGGACAAGGGUAAAGGCAGGGUAAACGUGGACAUUCCAUACUUACGGGGUAGAUUAUCAUGCGACACAGCUUAGGUGUUACCGAAGGCAGUUGAAUUUAUUAUCUGCUUAGGGAGGGCAUCAGGCCAUUAUAAACUAUUCACAUGACUUUCAGAGCAGAGGUAAGCAACUAUCCAAAAAGCAAUUUUUAGGGCAAGUGCUGUGGGGAGGGGAUUAACAUUGGAUCGGAAAUCAUAUCUAACUGAUAGGCAUGAUGGAGAUUGAGAAGCACUGGGAUGAGUAUGGGAUACCUGUCUUGUCACGUUGUUUGUCACCAGAACCAAGUAUUGCAAUAUUUGCGCUCUCACUCGCACGCGCAGCACCAGCACCCGGCGCAGCGCAGCGCCAGCGCUCGUGUAGCGCAGCUCCAGCGCUGGUCGGAGCAGCACCAGCGCUGGGCGACACAGCACCAGCACGGGGCGACACUCGAGUGCAGGACGGGACGCGACUAGUCAGAGCCGGGUACCUUUGGGUGUGUUGUUGGACGUUCGGGACAUCGCUAGGACAGGGAUGUCUUUUGAUGGUGAUGAUGCUAAUGCACAAGAUAUAGAUACCACACUCGUGUUUGCUGUAAAUAUUUACGGUGUACAUACAUUUCGUGCAUGAGCUAUAGUAGAUCCGUAUCAUGGGUGUAUUUAUGAACUCGAUCGAUUGAAAAUAAUUCUGUUUAGUUAUUUUUAAUUUUUGUGUACCGUGGAAAUAAUGUUACAUCUUUAAUCUUUCUCGAUUGACUGUUUUAUUCAUGUGACACGUGUGAUGUACCCAGCACCGAUUUGAGGAUUCUAGUCAGUAUUUAGCUAUCAUGACGCGUCGGAGGUUAUUGUGAUCAUGUUUUUGGCAGCUCUAUAUGGCGAAUGUGGUGUUCUAACCAUAACUAAGGGACAACUCCCGUAUGUGUUCUUACCUUUCCCAUGGAUAAAAUAUUACGCAUGACUGCUUUUUAGUUCAAUGUAUUUCCUUCUAAUUUGCCGACUGUAUGUAAUUCCUAAGCACUAGUCAUAAGUUUCUUCUCACGCAUAUGUUGAACCUUAUCUUAUCCGUGAGAUGUUUGUCAUAAUCAGCUCUCGUAAAUACAUUACCUUCUUAUAAAACAUGUCAAUUUUGUGUACCACGUAUGUACUUAUGUGUUUGUUGAUAAGAAUAAAAUACCA